AUGCCUUCUUGCGAUCCUGCGCUAAACUAUGCCAUCCAGAUGGCUCCGCAGGGCCGAGGAUACGCUCUUUUCAAUCCUCAGCCUCUACGGCGCGGCAAUGGCCUCGUCCGCGAUCCCCGCGUCGAGAUUGGGGAUCUAGGAUACGUCUCCGAUGGCUCUUUCCAUCUGCUCUUCAAUGUCCAUCGACGGCCGGACGAUCCGUUACAGAUACACGGGGUACCCGCCGGAUUCCGACCUCUUGAACGUAACGCGCGGCUGAUAGAGUACCACGACCGCCCAUGUCCGCGAGUGAUGCACAGUAACGAAAGAUUAGCUACCGAGCUGGGCGCAGGGGUAUCAGUGGAGGGUGUGGGGGGUGCCUCGAUAAACUGGACUCUCGAGCGCGAGAGGGGAGCCACGUUGGCGUAUUUUGACAAGCACGAUGUCUGGGACGCCCAGAACAAGGACUAUUACAAACAGUACUUCCGGAGCAACUACAAGUCCUGGGUCGAGUUCGUGAGACUACUCGGCAUCAAUCGUACCUUGAAGGAUCUCGUCCUCGUCACGGGCUGUGAUCGCACGCGGGCAUGGGCCACGCUGUUCAGCGAGAGCCGCACUGUCGACGCGCGCGUGUCUCUCGAGGUGCAGACGGCUGUCGGUCCAGGCCUGUCUCUCACUUGCUCUGUCAAAUGGGGCACUUCGCAUACUUUUCCUUCAUUGUCCGGCCCAUCUGCGGCGGAGUUGUCGUCUUCCGCGCAAGCGCUCAUUGGAGAUCCGGAAGAUGGCGAUAGUGCGGGACCAGAUCUCGAUCCUUCGCAUGUCACAGCGGACCAAUGCAUGUUCAUCCGGGGGUGGCAAGCACGCUCGCUCUUCCGCAUAACAGAUCUCAAAGCGGCAGCGGGUUAUUACGACCCAGGGACACAUCAAGAUACCGAUGACGCUGAUACUCCCAUGGCAGUUGAGGGAGAGGUCUGCCAGAACCUCGUGGAGGACACGAUCGAACAAUCUCACAAUACGAGCGAGACUCUUCUAUCUCUGGCGCUGGAAGCUGUUGAGAACAAUUGCGAAUCUCGGCCUGACGAUGACAUCAUCCUCAUGCAUGACGACGAACUGGAGUUGUAUUUACCUGAUCCUGCGAAGAUGGAAUGGAGUAGCAUCGAGAGUGUCCGACAUUAUCUCGACAGGCGUUUCCGUGAAUGCCCACCCGAACUUCUACCAGGAUCGGCACAAAGACCGCCGAGGCGAGAGUCAAAUGCCGUAGACGGACUUUUGGAUGAACAUUCAUUGUGUUCAUCUGAAGAAGGCGGGCUCUGGGGAUCGCUCCUGAGCUCCCUAUCCAGGGUGGACAGGAUGGUGUUCGGACUGAACCGAUGGACUGGACCCAAACAAGCCUUCAUUAUUCCGAUGAAGAUGGAGAUAGAUGUUAUGCCCAUCCUCGCUGGAGAGAAGUUGGGUCCUUCUCCGCUCUGGUUUGUUCGCGAAGGCGGAGGUCUAGGAGUUCCCGUGGUCGAUAAAGUGCCUCCGAUAUGGAAUGGCGGCCAAGAGUCUCUGAAGGUCGGCCUUUUAGCAGAGCAAACGGCGGGAAUCAAGAUCACAUGGCCGGGAUAUCAGCAGUGGAAAAGCCAAUCAUGGCGCGGCAGUCCGGACUGCUCAUUCACGCAUCUCGCGGAUCUCGUUACGCGAGAGGUCCGUGCAUUUCUAAGUGAACACGACUCGAGUCUGGGAAACAUCGGCACUCAGUCGAAAUAUGUGAUCGGCACUCGACCUGGCGAGAUUUCCGCUCCGGACGUCAUUCUCCUUGGGAUAGUCAGUGUGCGUGGUGGUGGUCGCGUGAUGCCUAUACUACAAUUGCGCGAAGAUUUUGAAUUCGCCUCUCCGCGUGAGGGGAACAUAUCUAAUCAAGAGCUCCCAGGGGGGCCGUAG